CAAUGGACAAGUUGUAUGAGAAACUGCCUUCAAACGAUGAUGAGCAAUUUUGUCGUGCCAUGCAAAUGGUUACUAUCUCAUCAUUACCCAUGGUUUUGCUUACUGCAAUCAAGCUCAAAGUCUUGGAAGUUAUAGCUGAGGCCGGACCGGAUGCCCAACUCUCGGCUAAUGAGAUAGCAUCCUCUUUGUCAAUCACCAAUCCAGAUGCCUCGGUUAUGCUAGACCGAAUGCUACGUUUGCUUGCCAGUCAUUCAGUUGUUACUUGCACUAAAAGAGAUCACCUUGGAGAGAAGCCGGUUAGAGCUUAUGGGCUUACUCCUGUUGCCAAAUAUUUUGUACCAAACGAAGAUGGUGUGUCGUUAGGUCCGAUGAUGGAGUUAGUACAAGGAGAAGUUUUCAUCCAAAGUUGGUAUAAGCUUAAAGAUUGUGUGAUUGAAGGGGGUAUUCCAUUCAACAAGGUUCAUGGAAAACAUCUAUUUGAAUUCUCAUCACUCAAUGGGAGCUUCAAUCAAGUUUUUAACAAGGCCAUGAUGCACACUUCUUUUUUUGUGAUCAAGGGAAUUCUCAAAUGCUAUCAUGGUUUCGAUAACCUCAAACGUUUGGUUGACGUCGGAGGUGGUUUAGGAGUCACGAUUAACAUGAUCGUAUCCAAAUACCCUUCUAUUAAAGGAAUUAAUUAUGAUUUGCCACACGUGAUUCAACAUGCACCUGUUUAUCCUGGUAUAGAGCAUGUUGGAGGUGAUAUGUUUAAAGAUGUCCCACAAGGGGAUGCUAUUCUUCUGAAGUGGAUACUACACGACUGGACUGAUGAUCAUUGCUUGAAGUUGCUAAAGAACUGUUAUAAAGCAUUGCCAGAAGAUGGAAUGGUUAUCGUAGUGGAUGCGGUUCUUAAUUUUGUACCAGAUUCAAGUGUUUCGACUAAACUGGACAUGAAUGCAGAUGCAAUCAUGAUGACACAAGAUCCUGGAGGAAAAGAGCGCACCGAGGAUGAGUUUUUGUCAUUGGCGAAAGCGGCUGGAUUUAGUGGGAUCAGAAAGAAAUGCUUGGUUUGCAGUUACGGGGUUAUGGAAUUCUAUAAGUAACUAAUUAAGAUUAUGUCUAUUUAUUUGUAUGCACGACAUUAUUGUUCUUCAAAGUCAACAUAUAUCCUGUGAUUAUAUAUGAUCAAUCACUUAAUAAGUUGAAAUAAUAAUGUUAUGUUUUGGGA